AUGGUACAAGAACCUGAUCAUAUAUGUUUGACGAAAAAUCAUAUUAGGGAGAUUAUUCGAAGUGAACUCUAUAAUAUCUUUAGAAGUGAAAUUAAUGGCAUGAUAAAAAAUACUAUCAGCUCUGAAAUACGCUAUGUCGAGUCUGAGGUAGUAACUCUUAAAAAAGAGCUUAUUUCCAAGAAGGAAUCAAUGGAGUUCAUCAACCAACAAUACGAAAAAGUAAAAAUAGAUUCUAUAAAAAAUAAUAGAGAAAAUACACGACUCCUGAAGGAGGCAGCUGAAAUGAAAACGCUUAAUAUAGAACUCAAAAAUCGUCUAGAAUAA